UCCUCCUCCUCCUCCUCCUCCUCCUCCUCGGCGGAGGCCGGCCUGCUGCUGUCGACAAGCGCCCGGCGGGCUCUGGGGCGCCCGGGGCGCGCGGGGCUGGGCGACCGGCGGGCAACGCGGCCGGGCGCGGGGCAUGUGGCAGACGCUGGCCCUCGGGGCCCUGCUCUUCCCGGCGCUCUUCGCCGCCUGCCUGCGCAGCCUGGCCAGGCUGGCGCCGGGAUGGAGCCGCAAGGACCGGAUCGUGCUCAGCGGCAGGCUGGUGUCGUCCACCCAAGCCAUGAUGGCAACUCUCUCAGGCAUUGUCGUCAUCUGUAGCUGCAAGGACGUGGUGCAUGACAGGCACUGGUUGGCCCAGGAGUACGUCUGGAUCGUGGUUUCCUAUAUGACCUAUGACCUCUAUAUCAUGUACCUCUGCUACUGGCACAAGAGCGAAGAGAAGGGAGAGGCCCCGAGGAAACACUCCCUGGCCAGCAUGACGGGCUUCCUGCGGAGGGAACGGCUGAUGGUCACCCAUCACAUCUUCAUCCUCGUCAUCCUCACCCCUGUGGCUGUGCAUCUUCGGGGCGAACUUGGAGACUUCUUUGUGGGUUGCAUCUACACUGCGGAACUCAGCACGCCGUUCGUAUCCCUGGGAAAGAUACUGAUGCAGCUCAACCUGCAAGACUCGCUUUUGCACAAAGUGAACGGGAUCCUCAUCUUAGCUACCUUCUUCCUUUGUCGGAUCCUCCUCUUCCCGUUCAUGUACUGGGCCUAUGCCCGGCAGAUGGGCCUGCCCAUCUACAAGGUGCCGUUCCGCAUCCCCUUCCACUGCAACGUGGCCAAUGCUCUACUCAUUGCGCCGCAGCUCUACUGGUUUGCGCUCAUCUGCCGCAAGGCUUUUCGCCUCUACAGUAGCUCACCGUCUCCGGACAGAAACAGAUAACGGCGGGUUUGGGCUUGCCCUGCAAGCACUGGGCUCAGAACGGGCCCACCUUUUGGAAUCAGUGUCUUGGGGACUGUGAUCUGAAGCCCGCAAGGGGUCAGGUGGGACCUGCAGCAGAGGCCUGGGUUACUUUCACUACAACACAGAAGAAAGAGGGCUGGUCAGCAGCCAACCUCUGAUCCGCCAGCUCUCUCCUAUGUGCGAGACUAAUCAGAGCUGGCGGUUGCCAAGCUGUUUCACGGGUCCUGUCAGAAAAAAACAAUGGUGGUUGGAUAUUGACUGUUUGCAAGCCAGUAGGAUUGGAGGGUGCCAGAAUCUGGUAGCAGCCCUUAAAACCUCCAGCAGCCCCCAGAAACCUUUUGAGGUUGGGAUGGGUCCCAGAUUACAGUCCAAGCCUUGGGGGUCACUCCCUUCUUCCUCGUAGAGUCCAGGUGAUUCCUCAACCACCCUUUGCACCUGAGGUCUUCCUGGUGGUGGUGGAGAGUGCCCUCAAGUCAUAACUGACUUAUGGCGACCCCUGGCAGGGUUUGACUAACAGAGGUGGGUUGCCAUUGCCUGCCUCUGCAACCGUGGUCUUCGUUGGAGGUUUCCCAUCCAAUUACUAACCAAGGUCGACCCUGCUUAGCUUCCGAGAUCUGACGAGAUCAGGCUCUCCUGGGCUAUCUAGGUUAGGGUCUUCCUACUUCCCCUUUUAUUUCUUUUUCCUAGCCAUUCCCAGUUUUGGGACCUUCCCCUUCCACCCUGAAAUGAAUACAACCACACUACCGACUUGGGGAAAAGAAAUUAAUGUAGUCAGCUCAGCUGCGUGAGGUCCUUUUUACACUGUAAGGCAGAGGUCCCCAAUUUUUUUUAGCCAAUGGAAUUCUGACACAGGGUGAUAGAUGCUACAAAAUGGCUGCUGUGGGAGGAGGAGCCACACACAGGGGAGGUCCAAGUACAGGGGAGAAGACAAGGAGUUUUUAAAAAUACACUGAGAAAAAGGAGUGAGAAAGAAUAAAGCAACUUUGGUGGCAGUUGCCUCUGAAAUACUAUUUUCAUCUGCACAGCCAAUUACAUCUCCAGUGGCCAGUCAGAACCCCUGCUGGGCAAGAACCCCAGGUGGCUCCACCCACUUCUAAAAACACUGGUGGGUACCAGGAAAAAUGUCAACGGGCACAGCAUUGGGGACUCUUGCUGUAAGGUUUGGUUCUAUCAGUCCUCUUUGUAUGCUGUGCAGCAUGAGAAUUAAGGUUCCUGAGUUUCAGCUUUCAGUUUUAAAAAUGUGCAAGUUACUAGCCCUUAUGGUUUAAAGACAGGCUUGACAGCAGCUAGGUGGAACUGCAGAAGCUGGGGAAGGGAGCCGUUAGAGGGCUGCCUUGAGCAGUGCCCUUUGUGCCUUCAUGCUCCUCAGCUCAAGAAACUCAGCUUAUGCAAAAUGGGCCCAUGUGGGCUUACCAGCCUCACAUCUCAGUGGGAGCAGGUGCUUUACUUGACUGAAGGUGCCUGGUUCAACCUCCAGCGUCUUGGGUAUUGAGACCUAGGGAGUCACCUUGUGAGCCAUUGGAUGGCUGCUAACAGACAGCGUGGACAAUACUAGGCCUUAUUUAUGUAGGAUUGGGAGGGGGAACGUGCACCAGCUCGGCCCACAAUGCUUGCACAUCCUGCCAAGCAUUGUGAAGAUUGCAGUGGUUGAAAAAUACCCCAUGAUGAAGACUCUGAAGCUGGAUGAAGGUUUUCAAGCUCUCUGGAAGCCAGGAUUUUCUGAGAGGCCAGAUUCUGCGUCGCAGCACCCAAUGAUCUGUGGGAUUCCAGAACUGCAGAAGGAUUUUUAGAGAAGAGGUGCUCAGCAGUUUCUUAAGUUUCGGGUUUGGAUUCUUCCUGGCCCAGAUGCUUGGGGGGGGGGGGCACAACUCCAAGCCCCUGUAUAAGGGGAAUCUUGUCCCUCUUGCAAUUUUUCCAGAAAUCCCUCUGAAAUGCCACUUUACCUGUAGAGAACAGUCCAAUAUGACCAGUUUGUAUUAACAAAAUAUGCCUCUGCUGGGUUUGUGUGUCAAAACCUCCAAUUUUAUUUCUAUCCAUAAUGUGCCUUACACACAGCAGGUAGGAAAAUAAACACCUCCCAGGCCUUUAACAUUGCACUAAUUUCAGUUAGUUCCUGGUUCCUGGUAAGCCAACUGCUGGUUAAUGUUGCAAUAUCCGUUUUGGAAAAUAUCUGAAAUUGUCAAGUUUACUUUUAUUGUCAUGGCAUGUAUACCUGAAAGGUUUUUAAUUUAAGAAACAGGUUCUACUCUUUUGUCUUUUCCUGUUUGGUCCUCCAAAUGAUUAUUAAGAAAUAGACCUGCCCGACGUUCAGGGUGGCCCCUUCAGGUUUUAACUCUGGGUGGGGCAGAGAUUUUGUGGAAGAGAUUAGCAGCAAGAUUCAUGGUGCUGCUGUAUAAAAAGAUGUGUAAGAUUAACUAGUAAGAACAGUUUAUUUUAAAGAAUAUUUGCGGUGCUUCUAUGUAAUGCCUUUAACCCCCGGAAUGCUGGGGGUUCUUUAGGAACAGUCACUAGUAAUUUGAAUUAAGGGCUAGAGCGGAGAGGUCCCCCUGCCUUCUUUAAAUGGCCACCAGACAAUGUUUUUUAAAGAUGAAAUACAUUGACUUUCCCUGUUUAACCAUCCAAACAAUCAUAAAAGAGGUGGCUUGACCUGCCAAAUAUAUAUUUUUGAAAAACAACUCCACUCUGUUGUUUGGCCUCCAAAGAGUGGUAUAUAAGCACGCUGGUUUUAUCAUCAUUUAUAAAGUGGUCAAAAAGAUUCCUCCACUCUUAAUUUUUGAUUCUCUGGAUGGUCACAAAGAGGUGGCUAGACCUACCAAAACAGGUUUCUAGGUUUUUACUGACUGUUGUAGUGGGCAGCAGAGUGUAUUGUGGGACAGUGACUGGGUGUAUGUGAAGGAUUUACAGUGCUUUGACAAUCUUUAACAGGCAUUGUGGUGGAGGGUAGCCUCUACAAUCAGCUAAUUGGAUUGUGUCACUAAGAGCUUUCUCACGAGGCUCAAGCCUUGACUUUUGAAAGCAGCUAAAUAAAGACAUUUCAACAACUAGA